GCAGAGAAGACUCAUCUAAGGAGGCCAAUGUUAUUGGAGGUUUCUCAAGUUCCAGCAGGGGCUGCACCAGCACCAACCACUGCGCCAGGUCCAAAAGCACAAGAGAUUUGGCGUGGUACGAGGUUGCUGAUUGGAUAUUUUGUCCUCGCCAGCGGCAUUGCUUUGUGGCUGUAUUGGAUCCCAAAGCUGGUCUACACAGAAUACCAGAACUUUCAGGCGGAAGAUUUGGAGGGUCGGUCCUUUCAGAUGUAUUUGACAUACCGAUUCAACUACUGGAUGAACAAGCAGGGCCUCGCAGCGAUGGGCAAGAUCCUCCUGAUUGGAGUCUUGACGCUUUUGACCUCUGGGGCUUUGAUGUACGCAGCCUUUGUUGGUGCAUCACCUGUGACUGGGCUUUGGGUUUGCUUCGUUUGGGCAUCAGCUGCAUCGGUCGAUCCGGGUGCACCGGCCAUCACAGGUUUCGUGGGAAUCGUGACCACCUUGGGUGGUUUGGUGUUGCUGGCAGUGCUCCUCACCACGAUUUCGGACUACUUUGCCAAGCAAGUGGAGGCCUCCAAACAAGGCCGCGAUGUUGUCGUGGAAGGGAAACACCUUCUCUUGCUGGGCCAUUCGGUGCAGACGAAGCAAUUGCUCGAAGAGUUUGCGCUCUGCGAGGCCGACGACAAGCCCACAACCGUGGUGAUCUUGGCAAGUCAACCGAAGCAGGAAGUGGAAGAUGAGAUUGCAUCUCUGAAUACUGACUUGGGCGACUUAAAGCUGGUCGUGCGUAGUGGAAAAGCCUGUGACAAGACAGACUUGUGGAAGGUUGGUGCCGACAGCGCAACUCGAAUUGUGAUUCCAGAGAAUCCAUCCGUGUCCUGGGAUGAGUCAGAUGCUGCGACGAUGGGAAUUCUGCUGACCUUGAAGAGCCAAGGGAAAGCAGGUUGGCCCAACAAUGGCUACGUAGCUGUGCAGUGCUGCUUAGGACGGAAUGUGAACUACAUGCAGGAGCUGUAUGACAAGACCUUCAUUCUCUCGGGAGAACGCUUGGGACGCAUCAUGGUCCAAAGUGUCCAAGAUCAAGGACUUUGCUCUGUCUUCAACCAGAUCAUUGGAUUUAGCGGAGAUGAGUUCUACAUUGCUCCAGCUGAGGAGCUGGGUGUGGUGGGCAAGAGCUUCGAAGAGCUUCCCUUCUGGUUUCCCAUCACAGUCCCGCUCGGUGUCAUCAACGGAGACGGAAACUAUCAGGUCAACCCUGAGAAGUCGUGCUUUGGCUGA